CAUAUUCAAAAGUACAUUCUCUUUUUUUUCUUCUUCUUCUUUUGAUCAUAAUCAUUCAUCAAUUCACAUCACAUCACAUCACAAUCAUUUUCGCAAACUCAGUAUUGAUAACAUUUCAAAUUAUGGCAUCCUUCUGCCGGCGGUUACCCGACGCCGGCGCCAUUACACUAUCCGGUGGUCAUCGGCUCCGGCGGACGGAGGUGAUCGCUGGAACUAGAGGGAUAAAAUAUGGUUAUUCUACUCGGGAGAUGACGACGCUGAGAAUGAAGUUGACGGUCGUGGCGUACGGCGGCGUUCGGCGGAGAAAGGAGAAGGUUGGACCAUGCUAUUACGCGGUGGAGGACGGGAUUGUAGGAAAUGAUGACGUGGCGGAGAGUAGUGGGAAUAGAGCGGCGGAGGUGGCGGUUGCCGCUGCUGCAACGGUGGUGAUGGGUGUUGGAAAUAGAGUUCUUUAUAAAUUGGCUUUGGUUCCUUUGAAACAGUAUCCUUUCUUUCUUGCACAGCUUUCUACCGUCGGAUAUGUGAUUGUUUACUUUGGCAUUAUGUGUAUUCGACACCGUGUCGGCAUUGUUACCGAUGAGAUGUUAAGUUUGCCAAAGACUCCAUUUGUUGUUAUUGGUUUCUUACAGGCUCUUGCUGCUGCUACUGGAAUGGCUGCAGGAGCUAUUCUCUCAGGAGCUUCAAUUCCAAUUUUGUCUCAAACCUUUCUAGUGUGGCAAAUUCUUCUUUCGAUUAUUUUUCUUCGGCGAAGAUAUAAGGUCAACCAUCUAUUUGGAUGCUUCCUUGUCACUAUGGGUGUAGUUGUCACGGUAGCAAGUGGAGCUGAUGCUGGAAAUUCAUUAAAGGAUGGUGGUUUAUUUUGGAGUCUUUUGAUGAUAGUUUCAUUUUUACUUCAAGCAGCUGAUACCGUGGUCAAGGAGCUAAUCUUUUUGGAUGCAAACAGAAAACUUAAGGGAGGCUCUGUGGACCUGUUUGUUGUCAACUCAUAUGGAUCUGCAUUCCAAGCACUAUUCAUAUGCCUUCUUCUCCCAUUCUUGUCGAAAUUAUGGGGUGUACCCUUCAGUCAAUUACCAAACUACCUCAAAGAUGGUGCAGCUUGCUUCCUAAAUGUCGGUAAACUAUCAAGUGUUCCAGGAUGCGAUGGUGCACCUCUGCUACCAAUUCUGUUUAUUAUUGUAAACAUUGGUUUCAAUAUUGCAUUGCUUCAUCUCCUCAAAAUCUCUUCCGCUGUUGUAUCUUGUCUUGCUUCCACAUUUUCAGUCCCAAUAUCAAUCUAUGUAUUCACACUGCCAUUGCCAUACCUUGGUGUUGCCUCCUCUCUUCCUACAGGCUUUGUGGCAGGGGCCAUAGUUCUCGUUUUUGGCUUACUCGUUUAUGCAUGGACCCCUUCGAAUGGUUGUUCCUCAAGUGCUUCCUUCUCAGAGGCUUCCACCUAGAGAGGCUAGGAUGAGUUGAAAUUCCAUUGCAGAAUGUUCAAGCCUAUUUUUCAAUGAUGGCUAUACAAAGGAGAGAGGAAAAUGUUGUUUUUUUUUUUGUUGUUGUUGUUGUAGUAUAGUAGGUGUUCUUGAUGAGCUUAAGCUUAGGUGAUAAAGGAAUAGUCGGGAUAGAAAAAGUCCGAUUUUUGUAUAAGGUGAGAAAAUAAAUAAAUGGAGAAUAAAAGUCAAUCUUGUUAACCAUAGCGUGCGACAACAAUCAUCAACUCGUGUAUAUAGAAUCUAUGAGUUGUUUUAGGA